CUCUCCACCCCUUCCUUUCUUUCCUUCCGUGUGCUGCUGGCCGCUCCACUGGUUUUGACUUGACCUUCGCUCCUCGCCUGCGGGACCGAUUGAUCUUGCUGAUUGUCUCUCUCGCUCUAUCUAUCCACCCGUCGUCAUGCGUAUCAACGCCGCGCUGACCUCCGCGCUGGUCUCGUCAGCCACGCUGAUGGGCUAUGCCCACGCUGAGGAAGCUGAACAGCCUGUGGACGCCACCUCCGUUGCGGAGAAGCCUACCUUUACACCCACCACGCUCAAAGCUCCCUUCCUCGAACAGUUCACUGACGACUGGGAGUCCAGAUGGACCCCGUCCCACGCCAAGAAGGAGGACUCCAAGUCAGAGGAGGACUGGGCUUACGUCGGCACCUGGGCUGUCGAGGAGCCUACCGUGCUGAAGGGUAUGGAGGGCGACAAGGGUCUCGUCGUCAAGGACGUCGCGGCCCACCACGCCAUCUCCGCCAAGUUCCCCAAGAAGAUCGAUAACAAGGGGAAGACUCUGGUUGUUCAGUACGAGGUCAAGCCUCAGAACUCCCUGGUCUGUGGCGGUGCCUACAUGAAGCUCCUCCAGGAGAACAAGAAGCUCCACGCGGAGGAGUUUUCCAACACCACUCCCUACGUCAUCAUGUUCGGACCUGACAAGUGCGGUGGCACCAACAAGGUCCACUUCAUCUUCCGCCACAAGAACCCCAAGACUGGCGAGUACGAGGAGAAGCACCUGAAGGCCCCUCCCACCGCCCGGACCUCCAAGGUCACCUCGGUCUACACCCUGAUCGUCAAGCCCGAUCAGACCUUCGAGAUCCUCAUCGAUGGCGAGUCCGUCAAGGAGGGCUCUCUUCUUGAGGACUUCACCCCGGCCGUCAACCCGGAGAAGGAGAUUGAUGACCCCAAGGACUCCAAGCCCGCCGACUGGGUGGACGAGGCCAAGAUCGCCGACCCGGAGGCCAAGAAGCCCGAGGACUGGGACGAGGAGGCUCCCUUUGAGAUCGUCGACGAGGAGGCCACCCAGCCCAGCGACUGGCUCGUCGAUGAGCCCACCAGCAUCCCCGACCCGGAGGCUGAGAAGCCCGAGGACUGGGAUGACGAGGAGGAUGGUGACUGGAUCGCCCCCACCGUGCCCAACCCCAAGUGCCAAGAGGCUUCUGGCUGUGGCCCCUGGUCUCCUCCCAUGAAGAAGAACCCUGCCUACAAGGGCAAGUGGUCGGCUCCUCUGGUCGACAACCCCGCCUACAAGGGUGUCUGGGCUCCUCGUAAGAUCGCCAACCCCAAGUACUUUGAGGACAAGACCCCGUCCAACUUUGAGCCCAUGGGCGCUAUUGGCUUUGAGAUCUGGACUAUGCAGAACGACAUUCUCUUCGACAACAUCUACAUCGGCCACUCGAUCGAGGAUGCGGAACAGCUUCGCCAGGAGACCUUUGACAUCAAGCACCCCGUCGAACUUGCCGAGGAGGAGGCCAGCAAGCCCAAGAAGAAGGAAGAGCCUGCUGCCCCCACCGGCGUCACCUUCAGCGAGGAUCCCAUCACCUUUGUCCGCGAGAAGGUCGACACCUUUGUCACCCUGGCCAAGCAGGACCCCAUUUACGCGGUCAAGACUGUCCCCGAAGUUGCUGGCGGCCUGGGCGCCCUGCUCCUAACCAUGGUCCUUGUCAUUGUGGGCGCCAUCAGCGCCAGCUCCGCCGCUCCCGCCGAGGCUGCCAAGAAGGGCAAGGCCGCUGCCACCUCCGCCAAGGAGAAGACUGCCGAGGCCGUCAGCUCCGCUGCGGAUACGGCUAAGGGCUCUGCUACCAAGCGGUCCACUCGCUCUUCUGCGCAGUAGAGGAAGAGACAAAGCAACCCACCCAAAACAAGAACAAAAACAAAAAGGAAAGAAAAAAAAUAAUCAUACUGCGGAUUUGAAUCACUCUUCCGUCCGGGUAACCCCUCAUCAUCAAUCCAUAACCGGCCAAGGCAAAAGGACUUGCUGGGAGCGUUGCCACCUGUUAUGAGAUAUGAAAACCAUCCACCCAUU